AUGACCGACGACGGCCGGCGCGGCUCCAUCGACGCCUCGCCGCUCGACGCCGCGGCGCCGUCGCCCCUCACGUCCGCCGCCGGCGCCGACGACGAGCUCUACGAGCAGGCCCUCGGUGCGCUGGCGUCGUCCGUGGCGCUGCUGGAGGCGCUCGGGCGGAGGCACGUCGCGCCGUCGCCGGGCCAGCUCGACCGCUCCCGGGCGCUCGCGUCGCGGUGCGCGUCCGCGUCCGAGGACGCGUCGGAGGAGGCGCUCGGCAUCCUGGAGAAGCCCAAACCCACGGGGAGCCGCAUGGCCGCGUGGAAGCGGCGCGCGGAGCUCGCCAUGACGGCCCAGCACAUGGCGCGGAAGGCGCACCAGCGCCGCCAGAAGGACCUCGACGACCGCGAGCGGCUGCGCAUCGCCGCGGCGUCGUCCAUGUCCGGGAAGAAGCCCGAGGAGUACAACGCCGAGGAGGCGCGCGCCAAGGUCCACGGCGACACGCUCGAGCGGUCCCUCGCGCGCGCGGACGCGGCGUGCUGCGGGAAGAAGGCCGCCGCGCCGCGGGAGAAGCGGCGGAAGAAGGGCCGGGGGUACCUCGACCGGAACGCGUCGCAGACGGAGAACAUGAUGCUCCGCCUCGCGAUGAUGUCGAGCGCGCGCGAGGCGAGCCGCUUCUCCGUGCACCCGGAGUCGCGGCUCGUGCAGCGCGAGUCCUACGCGAUCAUCUUGGCCAUGCUCUUCACGGUCGUGGAGAUGCCGCUGAGCCUGGGCUUCGGCGACGACGCCGUGAACCGCGGGCCCGUCAUGCCCGGCGUCCUCUGCGCCCUCGACAUGCUCUUCAUCGCCGACGUGGCCCUGAACUGCGUGACGGGCGUCCAGGACGGGCCGGAGAUCGUCAUGCAGCAGCCGCGGAUCCUGGCGCGGUAUUUGAAGGGGUGGUGCGCGAUGGACGUGAUCUCGUCGGUGCCCCUGGCGACGCUCGCGGCGCUGAGCUUCGACGUGGGCGCGCUCCGGACUUUGCGUUUGUUGAAGGUUUUCAAGCUCGCGCGAUUGGCCAAGGUCACGCGCGUCGGCGAGGUCACGCGGAAUCUCGUGGACAGCGGCUUCGUGAACCAGGCCUUCGUGUCGCUGGUUGCUUUGCUCGUCCUCUUCGGCGCGGUGCAGCACUGGCUCGCGUGCCUCUACUGGGCCGUCGCGCGGCGGACGGAGCACGACUGGGGCAAGGACGAGGCGAAAGCCCGGGGCUUCGCGCCGGCGGCGGACCUCGCGGACGAGCCCCUCGGCGCGCGGUUGGUUUUCGCCUACCACUGGGCCGUCUACGCGACCUACGCGGCCGUGCCGAACACGAUGGGGACCCUGCGGCUGAAGCCGGCCCAGUCGCUCUACUGCGUCUUCUGCGCGCUCGUGGGCAUGCUCUUCAUGUCCGUGCUCAUCGGCGAGGUCGCGUCGAUCCUGGACGACAUCCGCAUCGAGGACCACGACAAGCAGGCGGCGCUCAAGUCCAUCGACGAGUUCAUGAACCACCACAACAUCGCCUACGAGCUGAGGGCGCGCAUCCGGCUCCACUACAUCUUCCUCUACAACAACAAGCACACGCGGCGCUUCGACGACAUCUUCGCCGUGCUCCCCGCCGAGCUCAAGAGCAAGCUCUCCGUCGGCGUCCGCGUGCCCUAUUUGAGGCGGACGUCCUGCUUCGUCGACCUCCGGCCGACGUGCGUGUCCGCGGUCGCGUCGGCGAUGGUCACGACGCACUACGCGCCCAUGGACCUCGUCUUCUCCCAGUCCGAGGACGCCGACGGCGUCCGCUGCAUCGCCGACGGCAACGUCUUCCACUUCAUCCGGGGCCUGCCCUGGCCCAAGGUCAUCGCCGCCACCAAAGUCGACGACACCUUCGGCGAGGAGUGCGUGCUCCUCAUGAAGAGCCGCAUGUUCGUCUACGGCACGACGCAGCGCACGAUGGCGCACGUCCACUGCGAGAUCUUCUGCCUGCCGGCCUUCGAGGUCGACGUGCUGGGCCACCAGUACCCGACGUUCAACCCGUCGGUCUACGCGUCCGCGGAGCGCAAGCUCGCCGCGCUGCAGCUCGCGCUCACGCGCCACAUCCUCGCGCCGCGGCUCCACGACUUCGUCGUGCGCUGGAAGCGGCGGCACGAGCCCGCGCCGCGGCCCGGCUUCUCCCGGCUGGGGUCGCAGUCCAUGCACGACAUGGGGUCCUUCAUCUCCAAGCAGGCGCGCCAGCUCUCCGUCCGCGUCGCGCCCCUCGUCAUGGGGGGGCAGAAGCCGCCCGCGAAGCUCGCGCCGCUCGAGAGCACCGCCGAGCACUCACAAACACACACGUACACGCGCACAUCCGGGGACUAA